AUGUUAAAAUUAUUAGCUUCUUACAAUAAAGAAGUGGAUGCAGUUGUUUUGGAUAAUGCUCCUCAAAAUGUAAUAUACACAUCACCUUCUAUUCAAAAGGAAAUUCUACAUGUUUUUGCUAGAAAGGUGCAAAAUGAAAUUCGCAAUGAGAUUGAUAAUGCAAAGUUUUGUUUGAUUGUUGAUGAAGUUAGAGAUGAAUCUAGAAGAGAACAAAUGGCACUUGUUGUUAGAUUUGUUGAUAAGCAUGGAUUUGUCAAAGAAAGGCUAAUAGAUGUUGUUCAUGUCAAAGAUACUACUUCUGCUACUCUAAAACAAGAGAUUUGUUCUGCAUUAUCUCAUCACAAUCUCAACAUUCAAAAUGUUCGAGGUCAAGGGUAUGACGGAGCUAGUAAUAUGCGUGGAGAGUGGAAAGGGUUACAAGCUUUAAUUAUUCAAGAAUGUCCUUAUGCAUAUUAUGUUCAUUGCUUUGCUCAUCAAUUACAGCUAGCUCUUGUUGCUGCGGCUAAAGAAGUUGUUGAUGUUCAUGCUUUUUUCCAAAGUUUGAGUAAUAUUAUCAAUGUUGUGUGCUCUUCUUGCAAACGCAAUGAUGAAUUACAAUCUGCUUAUGCAACUGAAAUUUUCCAUUUAGUUGCAACUAAUCAAAUUGAAACAGGAAGGGGAGCAAAUCAAAUUGGCACAUUAAAAAGAUCAGGAGAUACCAAUAGCGUGAUAGAUUUUCAAUUGAAAGAGCUAAAUAGUAGAUUUAGUGAGCAAGCAACCGAGCUCCUCAUAUUGAGUACAUCUUUAGAUCCUAAAGAUGCUUUCAAGUUAUUCAGUGUUUGCAACAUAUGCAAUCUUGUAAAGAAUUUCUAUUCUUUAAAUUUUUCUGAGCAAAAAAAGAUUCAAUUGGAUUAUGAGUUACAACAUUAUGAACUUGAUGUGGUUAAAGCUCCAGAUUUUCAGAAUUUGUCUACUCUUGCUGAAUUGUGUCAAAAAUUGACAGAGACAGGAAAAUCAAAUAUAUAUCCUUUAAUUGAUAGAUUAAUUCAUCUUGUUUUGACUCUUCCUGUGACAACAGCAACAACUAAACGGGCCUUUUCAGCUAUGAAGAUUAUUAAAACAAGGCUUCGAAACAAGAUGGAAGAUGAAUUUUUAGCAGAUUGUAUGAUUGUAUAUAUUGAAAAGGAAAUUGCUUCAAAAUUCAAUUCAGAGAUGAUAAUUGAUGAUUUUAGUUCCAUGAAGCAUCGUCGAGCAAGUUUAAAAAUAUCAAAAUCUUAA